CCCGGCCCAUCGACGAAGCUAGUUGCUAGUGUUUAAUCAGUAGUUCCGUAUACUCAUAAUCGUUUCCGUGUGGCGAAAUUAUUGUCAAUAUAGGAAUUUCUCGGCCUUUCCCUUUUUCGUUAGCAUUCCUUCCAAAUUUAAUUGAUCAACUCAGAAAUUAGGCAAAUCUCGCCUGUGGCGUCGUUUUCACCAUGUGUCAGCCAACAUCGCAAAUGAUAUGCCAGCUGAAGAGUAUGACUCUGUCUGGGGAUAAAGAACUGGAUGACCAGAUCCGCAAAUGGAUACGAUGGGACCGGUGCCCAAGCACCUCCUGCCAGAUCAUGGACGCCGUAAAGGACCAGGACUGGGAAACGCUGCGGAAGAGACUGUGCAACCGCAUAACCUUCGGCACGGCAGGAUUGCGGGCCUGCAUGCGCGCCGGCUUCGAUUCGAUGAAUGAGCUGGUGGUUAUUCAAGCCGCCCAAGGAUUGUGCCAGUACAUUAAGGCUCAGUAUCCGAAUUCCGAGGAUUGGAAAGAGAAGGGCGUUGUCUUUGGCUACGAUGGACGCUAUAACAGCCAGCGCUUUGCGGAGCUGUCGGCCGUUGUCUUUCUGAACAACGACUUUCGCGUUUAUCUUUUCCAGCGUUUGGUGGCCACUCCAUUUGUUCCCUAUACGAUUCUGAGACUUGGGUGUCUGGCCGGCGUGAUGGUGACCGCCUCGCACAAUCCCAAGGAGGACAAUGGCUAUAAGGUGUAUUGGACCAACGGAGCCCAGAUAAUUCCGCCGCACGAUGCUGGUAUUCAGCAGUCGAUAAUGGAUAAUCUUGAACCCAAGCCCGAAUCCUGGGAUGAGACGGCCUUGUGCUGCUCUGAUUUCUUGGAUGAUCCCUACGAUGCCGUCGUGCCCUUCUAUUACGAUGCCAUAAAAAGGAGUUUCUCUUGUCAGCUAUUGGAGAUGAAUGGAACGUGCCAGAUAUCCUUCACGUACACUGCCAUGCAUGGUGUGGGAUAUCCCUACGUUAAGCAGGCGUUCGAGAAAGUCCGCCUCAAGCCGUUCAUUCCCGUGGUCGAGCAGGUCGAAGCAGAUCCAGAUUUCCCAACCACCCCCAUGCCCAAUCCGGAGGAGGGCAAGACUUCUUUGCAGCUGUCCAUAAAGACGGCCAAGCAGAACAAGUCUGAAAUCAUUCUGGCUAACGAUCCCGACGCCGAUCGCCUUGCCGUAGCUGAGAUUGGCGAAAACGGAAACUACACGCUCUUCACCGGCAACAAGUUGGGCGCCCUGCUGGGCUGGUGGAGCCUGCAGAACUACAAGUCGCGCAACCCCGAUGCGGAUGUGUCUAAAUGCGCGAUGAUCGCCAGCACGGUAAGUUCGAAAAUUCUUGGCAGCAUGGCCAAGGAGGAGGGCUUUCAGUUCUACGAAACUCUGACGGGAUUCAAGUGGAUGGGCAACAAGGCCAUCGAACUGCAGCAGGCUGGGAACACCGUGUUGUUUGCUUUCGAGGAGGCGAUUGGCUUCAUGGUGGGCACCGCCGUGCUGGACAAGGAUGGAGUCAGUGCCGCAGCUCACGUGGCAACCAUGGCCUGCUACCUUCGCAGAACACAGUGCAUGACUUUGCAGGAGAAGCUGCGCGAAAUCUACGAGACUUACGGCUUCCACGAGAGCGUAUGCUCGUAUGUCAUCUGCCGGUGUCCGUCGGUUAUAGCGCGCAUCUUCCAGCGCUUGCGCACCUUUGACGACGAUAAGCCCGACACCUAUCCCACAAGCAUCUUGAAUGGCACCUACGAGAUAGCUCACGUCCGUGACCUCACCACUGGCUACGACAGCAGCACCAGCGACAAAAAGGCCACUCUUCCGACCAGCUCCAGUUCCCAGAUGAUCACGUUUACCUUUAAGAACGGCGUAGUGGUGACUCUACGCACCAGUGGCACAGAGCCCAAGAUGAAGUACUAUGCCGAGAUAGUCGGCAAGCCCGAGGAAAAGAACUGGCUGAAGCUGACCAACACUCUCAAUACCAUGGUCGAGGCCAUUGUCGAUGAAUUCUACCAGCCAGCUAAGAACAACCUGGAGCGUAAGAAGGACUAAGGACAAAUUGGGGCGCUAUCCCUCUAAGUAAAUAAAUCGAUAAUCGUUCUCGAACGUAGGCACAUGCGACGACCUGACGACCUGGCAAUAAUUAACCAACAUUUGAUAACUGAUAUGCACAAGCCAAAAAACAACUGCAGUGAGAGCUGUUCGUUGACUAUUAGCCAAUAAAUGAUAUACCAUAUGUAGUUUAUGUACUUAUAUUAAUAUUAGGGCAAUAUAUUUAUGAAACAAAUAAAGUUCAGGCAGCGACAGCAAGCAAGCGACACCAA